AUUAAAUAAAGUCAAUGAAGAGAUGAAAUAUGCCGUAAGGUUAGUCCAAUAGGAUUCGCUGGAGAACAAUGAGACUACUAUCACUAUUUCUUCUCAUCGCUGCUUCUGCACCGUUAUUCACGGCGGCGGCAUGUCCGUCUUACUCCUCCAUCUUCAGCUUCGGCGAUUCCUUAACCGACACCGGUAACCUGUUUUACAGCUCCUCCGAUCCCUCCAAUCACUGCUUCUUUCCUCCCUACGGCCAAACCUACUUUCAUCAACCGUCUGGUCGUUGCUCCGAUGGACGCCUUAUCAUCGAUUUCAUAGCUGAAUUGUUAGGAAUUCCAAUGGUGAAACCGUAUUUAGGAAUUAAGAAUGGUGUAUUGGAAGAUAAUGCAGCAAAAGAUGGAGUGAAUUUUGCGGUUAUAGGAGCAACGGCGUUGAAUGUUAGUUACUUUGAAGGGAGGGAUGUUCAUAACGUUGCUACCAAUUAUUCAUUAACAGUUCAGUUGAAUUGGUUCAAGGAGCUUCUUCCUACACUUUGCAAAUCUUCUGAAAGAUGCCAUGAUAUUCUUACAAACUCAUUAUUUCUUGUGGGAGAGAUUGGAGGAAACGACUUAAACUUUCCCUUAUUUGUACGCAAAAGCAUAGAAGAGGUUAAAACAUAUGUUCCAGAUGUAAUCAAUGUUAUAGCUUCAUCAAUCAAUGAGUUGAUUAAUCUUGGGGCUCGCACACUAUUGGUCCCUGGGAAUUUCCCACUGGGAUGCAACACAAUAUAUUUAACAAAGUAUGAGACCAAAGAUAGUAAUCAAUAUGACUCAUUCGGUUGUUUGAAGUGGUUAAACGAAUUUGCUAAAUUUUAUAACCAAAAGCUCCAAUAUGAGAUACAUAGACUUCGGAAAAUUCAUCCUCAUACUAAUAUCAUAUAUGGUGAUUAUUACAAUGCUGCAUUGCCAUUAUACCGGUAUCCAUCAAAAUUUGGUUUUCUAGGUCUUAAAGCUUGUUGUGGAAUGGGAGGUUCUUAUAAUUUCAAUGGAUUAAAACCUUGUGGAAAACCAGGUGUGGUUGCAUGUGAUGAUCCUUCUCAGUAUAUUGGGUGGGAUGGUAUUCAUUUGACUGAGGCUGCAUAUAAACUGAUUGCCGAUGGUAUCAUUAAUGGACCAUAUUCUUUCCCUCAAUUUAGUAACUUGUGCUUCAUGAAUGUUAGCUAUGGAAAUUUAAAUAGCUAGAGUGUUUUUACAUGUUACUCUACCAGGAUGCCACCAUAAAAACACCUUUAUUUAUUGGGCCACAUUACUUUUCUUUCUUCUCCAAUAUCUUACAUGGCUAUAGGUUAUUCACCUUUAUUGAAAAUAUUGAGAUUGAUUUCAUUGAAUCUUAUAGUCAAAAUUAUUGGUUUAUUUGAAGCUAUAAUUCUCCUUUUAUAUGAGAGCAUUAGUAAAAAAACAAUACAAGAGAGAACUUAUCUAGUAUUCUAGUACUCUCCUAUUACAUCGUGGCGAUUGUCUUUCCUUAAUUUUUUAAAUGUAGAAGUACAAAGUGGUUUGUUAAAGUAUCUCCAAAUUAUGCAAAUACUAACACAUGGUUGAUGUACAACUUGUUUGACAUAUCCCUUUUUCUAACAAACUGGAUAUCAAUCUCAAUAUGCUUUGCUUUAGCAUGUAACACAUGAUUAUGAGAUAAUAAGACAACACUUAAAUUGUCACACAACAAAGUAAGAGGAAGAAAAGGGAUGCAUGACUCAGUUAAUAAGGAUUCAAACUAGAGCAAUUCAAAAGUGGUAUGAGCAAGUGCUCUAUAUUUUGCUUUUGCACUUGAUUUGAAUAUCAAAUGUUGUUUCUUUGAGCUCCGAGAUGGACUAGAAUAAAUGUAAGAGCCCUAAGUAACCUUGAAUAAUAUGGGUCAAUGGCCCAGUCAAAGUCAUAGUAAGUUAUAUUUGACUAAAAAUAAAAGUCUUGUGUAAAUGGUGAGUAAACUUAUAUCUUUUCCAUUGAGGUUGGUUUUUCUCAAAAAGGCUAUAGACAUUAUACUUGCUAUCAGAAACCUAAAUGACAUAAUGUAAAUGGGGUCCGCGUAUUGCAAUUGAAUUUGAUGAGUGAAGAACUAUAAAAUUAGCUAC